UGACUAAAGGGGAGUUUUUGGGCAGCCAGCCCAGCAGAAGCACCUGCCUGGGGAGAGGGUGUGGGUGAUGAGUCCAGCUGAAGAAUCACCCAUCAUUACCCCCCAUAACAAUCAGCAGCUGGAGUUUUUCUCAGAGAGGAAAAUACAAGUUUUUCUCUCUUUGGGAAGCCAAAACUCUGGCAGUGAUUUACCAGGAUAAACAGCAGCAGGUUCCCUGUCCUGUGUUUGCAAUAGGUUAAUGGAAAUUAUAUCCCACACUGCUCUCCCUGGAUGAGAUCCUGGUAUAUACAGGGUGUCCGAUGGAAAAACACAGCACUUGCAUUUUUAUUUGAGGUCUGCUGUGCAGAAAUUGUCACUGGGACUGUAUUACCCAGUGUGGUUCCUGAUUUCUGUUCUCUCCAGCAUAGGGAGAUAAGCCCUAUUUGGGGAUGCUGGGGGAUGAUGUCCCCUCAUGACCCAGCGCUGGACUGCAGCUCUGGGGAUGUACUGGGGCAGCAUCCCAAGAGGAGGAGAUUUUGGGAACAGCCAAGCUGGGAUGUAUGGAAACAAGCCCUUCCUGCCAGCACUGUUUCCUAAUCCUGGACACCAAAACCCUCUGAUCGUUAAACCAGCAUUCAGAGAUUCGGCUGAAGGCUGCCAUGCAGACAGCAUCCAAACUGACCUUUGAGGAGAUGAGAAAAAAAGAAAAAGAGAGAAAACACAAGGGGGUUACUGUGCAAACACCAGAGAAAAGCAGUCAUUUCAAUAAGGGACCCCACCCUUAAAAUAAGACUUAUUGCUAAUGCAUGCCCAGGACAUUUCUGUGUGAUGGUAUGCUAAAAAAAUCCUCUCCGAACAGGGACUAAAGGCUUUGUUGUGGCAUGAGCAAGGCUUACAGUUCCCCAGAAAAAUCCUGUCCCUCUCUUGCAUCAUACAGCCAGGGAUGGAGAGGACAUUUCUAGACAAAAAGGCCAUCAGCCAGGACAAAGGACAAACAGGGAAUACAUUCCUGAUUUGCUAUUUAAUUGCUUUCGUGCAGGUGCAAAGGGCUAAAUGAAAGGGAAAAUAAGGAUGAGUGCGUGGGGCCGAAUUAAUCUCAGCUUUAAGCAGGAACCUAAUGUCAGGAGGAGGUGGCUGCUGGAACAAACAGGCUUCCACCUAACUUCUUUGUGGAUUUUGUGCUAUUUUUCCCCCAAGGGCCAGGCUUGUUCCCAAGGCACUGGUGGGUGAUGCUCCUAUCAGGUAAGGAGGUGAGGGGGACAGUCCCAUCCCAUGUGGCAGGGCUGGCUGGUGCUCGCUGGCAGUGCCAGCAGGGUCUGCUUUUCUCUUUCCUCCUGUAUGUAAAGCACUUUGGAUGCAGGAAUUGCCCUCUGUGGCUCUGAGCAGAGAGUUUCCAUCCUGAUCCUUUUCGGCAGCUCCAUGCAGAAGUGAUGGAGAGUUUAGGGGAUUCCAGGGCAAACAUGGUCCGGUGCCUGCAGCAUCUCCUGGGUCUCAGGAGCUGGUCCCUCUGGCACACAAUUUGACUCUUAAACCCAACAAAGAAGAAAAUAUCUUUUCUACUUGUGUCCAGGAGCACUCCUGCCAGCCCAGCAGCCUCAGAGAUGGUGCAAUCACCCUCAGAGCUCAGGCAUUUCCUCCUGAAAUAAGUGGAAGUAGUUCUAAUGAUGGAAAACCUAUUCCAGGAAGGGAAUCUCCUCCUCUUGGGGAAUAAUGCAGAGCCCUCACUGCCAGCCUGGGAUCUGCAGGGACCUGUACGCCAUGUACUCUUUAAUUUAGUAGCCUGGAAGAUGUGGAAGUCUAUCUGCAUGUCAUUAAAGUCCUAGUGAAGCCCCUGGGAGUGUGUUUGCCAGUGCUGGCCCCACCAGGGCUUGGGGCUGUCCCUCUUUCACCCCCACAGCUCUUUUACUGGCCAGAGGAGCAGGAGGUCCUCAGUUUCCCUCCCUCCCCUCACAUUGCACAUCGUAUUUUUUAGGCUCUUGUGAGCUCUUUGUCCCUCCCAAGGUCCUUCCCUCUCACUGUGUUAUGCUGCAAGAAAUACAGAAAGAACAAGAUGGUAACUGACAGACUGCAGGAAAAAAGUGUAUUCAUUUAAAUGGCAAAAUGAACCACAUUUCCCCUUAUUAAUUCCCUCCUUACAGCAUUUCCAGUCCAGGCACGUACCUGUGAUGCUCCCAUGGACCCGUGUGGUCCUGGAGCAUCUCUGAGGUGUGUGUGUGUGUGUGUGUCUGUGAGUCUCUCGGUUGUCUGAGCAACGGGACGUUCAUCACUAACUCUCAGGAUAAUUAACUCAUUUUCCUGUAUUUAUAGCAAACCAGUACAGGGAGUAUUGGCACUUAUCCCUGAUGGGGCCACAUUUGGCACAACGUUUUGAAUUUUGGCCAUUUCUUGCAUUACGGUGGCUUUGUUAUCAUCCCCGCUGCUUGCUCAUUAAGUGGGCAGCUCAUUAAGCUGACAAGGACAGGGGUGAUGGUGGCUGCCUGAGCCAGGCUGCCCGUGGAUGCCCACCUCGGUGUGCCCUGCUCCUGGUUUGCCGGUGCAGGGGGGUGUUUGCAGCAGCAUUCCCAUCUCCAGAUGCCUGCAUACGCCUGUGCUAACAGCAGUGUCGCUCCUGGCUUGGCCGCUGGCAAGGGGAAAUUUUACUGCUUCAAGGUUUGUUGCAGGGAUGUGAUGCAAGGAAACGUUGGAGCAUCCUGACUCAGCACUGCAGCGGUGGGGGACCCGUGGGAAAGACACAGAGCAUCUUCUCUCGGCACCAGGGCAUGCAUAUGCCAGAGCUGGGGAGACAGAUUUGAUCUCUGCUGUUCCUGUUUUUUGUACAAAGGUAAGGAAUGCUUUGUUUUGAUUAUUGAUCUCAAAGCCCUUUUCCAACCUAGUUCAUUCUGUGAUUCUGUGAUUUUGGAAUCAGCAAACAGGAAGGUGCUUGAAACAGUAAGAGAUGUGCUGUACUUGCAGCUGGGACUGUAAACAGCUCAUGGCCACAGAAGUUGGAAGUAUUUGCCCUUAAAAUGUGAGUUCUGCUCAGGUAAAAAGGGCAAUGAAAUCAAGUGUGUGGACCACCACACUGCUCAUCACCCCCCAGCCACCCCGUGUUUAGGGAGGGUUCUACCUUCCCCUCCCCUCCUGCUUUGGCUCCAGACGUGAAAGGGACAGAGGUGUUGAGCUGGUGCUGCUUAGGUCCUGGGAAAGUCCAGGCUCCUGGACUGUGAUCCUCUCCGAGGAGCCACUGUGAUCCUCUCCGAGGCGCCACUAUCAGAUGCUGGACAGCGUGGGAUCCCCCUUCUCCCUGCCUGGCCACCCCCAGCUGCUCUUGCCUACGACCUCAGAUCCAGUACUGGAGAUGGAGGUGGACCAUUAAGGUUUAACACACUAACGGGAAGGGCUGUGGGAUUUCUAAAAAGCUGAGCCCUGCUUACAAACCCCCUUUGGAAGGACAAGCCCUUGAAUCGAGCACAGCUGUCCCAGCACAGGCUCAGCCAGCUCUCGUAUGAUCCAUUCCCAGCAGGAUGCUGGCAGACAGACUGGUUCCAUGGUCCUGUCCACCACGCCUGCUUUCCCAGCUGCUCAGCCACCUCGCAAAGAGCUAAAAAUACAUGUCUGUGUGAGCAGUCACUGUAGCUACAGCAGGGGUAAGCAAGAGAGGGCGGCCAGGCUGGGUCACCCUGAUGGGGGGACACGGUGGCUUUGCAAAAUAGUCAACACAGAGGGGACAGGACAGGACAGAUGGGACAGACUGCUGCUGAUGCCUCCAGUGAAGAUCCCACCAUCUCCCCACUUUUCCAUAUGUUGAAGCUGCACACUCCACACAGCCCCUAAGAAGGGUUUCACUUUGCUGCUUGUGUUUCAGCAGGGGAUGAGUGAGGAGCAGCUCCCUGCAUCUCCCCACUGCCCGUCUGUGUGGGAGGACACCAAUGUCUCAGCCUCUGGGUACCCCCAGUACUGGGUGGAGCCCCAGUUCACUCAAGCAGCGAAGGUCCGUGUGAUCAUCACAGCCGUCUUCUUCCUGCUGGCGGUGGGAAGCAACACGGCGGUGCUGGGCAGCCUGCUGAGGAAGAGGAGGAAAUCCCAUGUGCAGCCACUGAUCCUCAGCCUGGCACUGGCCGACCUACUAGUGACAGUGAUGGUGAUGCCCCUGGAUGCGGCAUGGAACGUGACAGUUCAGUGGUAUGGAGGGGACAUCUCCUGCAAGAUCCUCAACUUCCUCAAGCUCUUUGCCAUGUACGCGGCUGCCCUGGUGCUGGUGGUCAUCAGCCUGGACCGGCAUGCGGCCAUCCUCCAUCCAUUCUCCCGUGCUCACCACCGCAAUGGGAUGCUGCUCCGUGCUGCCUGGGCUGGCAGCGUGCUCCUAGCUUUGCCCCAGCUUUUCCUCUUCCACCUGAACACAGCCCCGGGAGGGAAUUUCACCCAGUGUGUUACUCAUGGAAGCUUCCGAGCGCACUGGGAGGAAACCGUCUACAACAUGUUCACCUUUACCACCCUCUACAUCACCCCCCUGAGCGUCAUGAUCGUUUGUUACGUCCGGAUUCUUUGGGAGAUCAGUAAGCAGCUAAAGGUCAAUAAAGGUCUGACAAGAAAUCAAAACGACCACAUCUCCAAGGCACGCAUGAAGACCCUCAAGAUGACCAUAGUGAUUGUUGCCACCUUCAUCAUCUGCUGGACCCCAUACUACCUCCUGGGCUUGUGGUACUGGUUCCAGCCAGCCAUGAUCCAGAAGAUGCCGGAGUAUGUCAACCACAGCUUCUUCCUCUUUGGCUUGCUGCACACCUGCACCGACCCUAUAAUUUAUGGACUGUACACACCCUCCUUUCGGGAGGACGUGCAGUUGUGUCUCAGGGGCAUUGAAACAGCCAUCACCAGGCAAAAGAGACACAAGCCCAUCUCAGCUUCAGAGAAGAACAUCAAGGACAGUGCUGCAAAUGGUGGGGUGGCAUCAGGGGGCUCCAACGGGACAACUGUCAGCAUGGUCUGAUGAAGAGAUAUACCCACAAGGGGAUGGCAGGCACAGCUUUGGGAGUGUUUUGUCCUGUAGGACCAUUCUGGAGACUUUCAUGAUGAGGUUCCCUACUCAGCUUUAUUGGUUGAGGGUCUCUGGCCAGAGACUGAGAAUGUGUCUCCUGCCUUUACUCAGGGUGAAAAAUAUUUGGGGGUAUUUAUGGUCAUUCUGCUGUAUUCUGGCAGCGCUGUGACAACUAGAAAAACAUUCUUUUUGUACUCAACGCAUGCUCCAGCCCUGAUUCUGGGAGCAAGCUUCUCCACACUUCCAGCACCAACCCCUGGGAGGAAAUUUGCCAUCUCCUCUGUGGUCCAGGGUCAUGUCUCUGGAGCAGCUGGUCUUCAAGUGCCCUUUGCACCUACACCCAGCUGUAGAGCUGCAUGGAUGGUGUCACCCUGAGGCUGCAAAGGUGUGAUCACAGGCUUUUACUCUGUUUUCUCCACCCGUUGUUGGAAAAGCUCUUUGGAAAUUCCAGAUCUCCUGACUCAGAACCUGCCUGGUUCUCCCAUGGCUGUGUGACAAACCCUGGAAAAGAUCCAAAUGUCUGGAGGUUGAUUAAUUCAGGGGCAUUCAUCCUCCAGGUGUGGUGGGGAGAGAGGGAGUGCUGUGGGGAUGGAGGGGCUCAGGCAAGAGUGUUACAAAGAACCACAGGGGAGUGGGGUGAGGUUUCUUCUCUCUUUUGAAGACAGCCAGAAGAGAAAACAGUCCCUGCUACCGUUUUCUGGUGUGAAGGGGAUGGUACAGACAGACACAUCAUUACACAGCAGCUCUGUGGGACACAGGGCAAACCAGGAGGGAGGGUAUUUGGGGUAAUGAGAACCAGACCUGACACUGCCCAGGCCCCCUAGACUUUUCUGUCCCCAUGUCCCAGAGCACAAGCUGGCAGGUUGCAGGCCACAUGCUGGACACAUUUGCUUUGCUCUAAGCAGCACCAGCCCCUUGGCUCUGCCCCAGCAGAGCAGGUGCAGCCACCCCACAGGUGUUGUCCGAGGUGUCCCAACGAUGGAAGGGAUAGGAAGCAGCUGGUAGGUGCAGGGGUCUAUCAGCACCUCUUUGUGCCAGAGGCAAGUGAGGGCAAGGAGGGUUUCUGGAGGGAUCAGCUGAGCUUUGGUGAGUAACAUGGGUUGUUUGCUUUCUACAACUGUGCCAAAAGUUGCUUGUGAAGGCAGAGGUCUCUUCUCUGGGUGUGGGUUGAAGAGAUGCAUUUAUUCAACUGUGUUGUCCUUUCCAGGUAAUUAGAAAUAGUGGAUUAUUGCUUUCUUUUCAUUCUCUGAUGCUUGUUAUUAAAAGUGGGAUUUGCUUUUGAAGAGAAAUUUAGUUUUGAGCCAGGUGGGUGGUUGUUUUCUUAGUUUAGUUAAACCUUUGGACAGCUCAGGAGCUCUAGACUUGGCAGGAGGCAGUUCCUUGGCUAUUUUUGUGGCCACCGCAGCUUUGAAUGAGCAUCUGGACAUUAUCAGGAUGAAAGAGCUUUGUUUUAAAAACAACUCUUGUCUUGCUGUGGUUGCAUGUGUAGGGAGCUGGGAGAUGUCUUCCCCUCAAGAAAACAAGUCUCCUUUGGGCACUGAGGGGGAUUUUUCUCAACCUUGUUUCCGAGAGGUGUUGGCUCCCCAUCAGCCAGAAAGGAUCUGGACUGGUCUCCCAGUGCGCCAGCUAACAAAUUACUAAAAUUGGAGGGGUGGCAAGUAGUCCUUGCAGGCUGGCUGAGGCUGUGCAAUGAGGACACAGGAAGCCACAGUGCUCAGGGUGAUGCUGAGCUGCACAUGGGUAUUCAGCCUUUGCCUUUCUGAUACUAAUUAUUAUUUAUGCUAAACAUGUAGCCCAAGGAGGAAAAAAAAAAUCAAUUAGAACUGCAGGAGUCCAGACCAACUGGUGGGGAUUAGUGUGAGCCAUUUAGGAAGCAUCCAAACUCCAGUGAGAUGCGUAAUCGCAGUUUGGCUUUCCUGGGCUCAUUCUGCUCAAUGUUAAUUACCCAGUGCUAACAGAGCAGGGGCUGGCUGAUGCCAGGCUGGCAGAAAAGGGCUUCUUGAAAGGUGAUGGGAAAGGCUUGCAGUAGGGGAAGCUAAUUUAUUCAUCAGACAUUCCUUUGGUCUCUUUGUUUAUACUGCUGAUGGGAGGCAGGCCUUGAAGGUGUAUUGGUUCUCUGGCAAGCCUUGAAUAAGCAGGAAAGUGUCUUUAAUCUACUGAAAACUAUCUUCAUCCACUUUUUGCUGAGUGGGACAGAACAGAUCCAACAUUGCUCAUGCACUUAAGACCACAUGUCUCCUCUUGCCCAGCAACAGGAGAGCUCAGAGGUCUUCUCUGAGGAGCAAGAAACAUUUUUUUCCUUGUGGGAAGGAUCCACCAUCUUCACACCCCAUGGGUACAGUAAAAGGCAAAAAUAGGUUUGGCUUUAGGGGGACUUGGUGAUCUUACAGUAAUUUAGGUUGGAAAAGUUCUCUAUGAAGAGUAGAAAAGGGGAAUUCUGGCAAGCAUAUAUACAUUAGUCCUUAGGGGAAGCAUAGCACAUCUCUUGGGAUGAUUGCAGGCACUCCAGCAUUGCUCCUUUUGCCCAUCUCUUUCAUACCUUCCCUCCUGUUGCUGAUGUUCAAAGUGACAUCUUGUGGAGCCUGGAGUGUGGGCAGGGUGCCCAAAGUGACAGCUUUCAUGAGAGAAGAAAAAUGUCACUGGAAGAGUGUGCUGCCAAGCCAUGUGCCCACUGCAUGCAGGAAGUGGGAGCAAGCAGGUGGGCAGCACCUCCCUGGGGAAGCUGGGAUCGGUCUAGGUCUGGAUCUUGCCAGAGGUAGACCAAAGCCCAGGCCUGCUUUGAAUAUUCUUGCAUUUCUGAAUCUGCUUUUCUUAUAUUUGCUCACACUUUAGAGAGCACAAGAUUUUUGCAUCACUUAUCGGGAGCAUGAAUCCCAGAGUCUCACUUUCUCCCUUGCAUAGGGGUGGUCCUGCUUUCUGUGGGGCUUCCCUCUCUCUCCCCACAUUGCCUCAAACCCCUUGUCUCCAACAGCACCUGCCCUUCUCCUCAGCUGGCUCCUGAGAUCUCCAUAUAAAAAUAUAUUUAAAAUACAUAGAGAGACAAAAAAUACUUUUUAUAUAUAUUAUCUGUGUCUGCUUGUGGGAGGAAAAUUCUCCCACUUCCUCAGAACCUGCCCAUUUCCACCAAGGAAACACCAGUUACCACACUUCUUGCAGUCCCAGCCAGGAUUAGAUUUGUCUGAUUCAGUAACAAUUCUUUAAUAUUCACCACAGUAAUGUAAUGAAUAUCUUAAUAAAAGCAGGUAGCUCUGUAUUUUACAACUCCUCGACCUCACCCUGGGCUGCCUGCUCCAAACACAGCGGCCCUUUGUUGGGGAGGAAAUUCUGAUUCAUUCCCUGUUAGUGUUUUUAUAGCACUGUGCAUGUUCAGAGAACCACGCAAGUGGCUUAAGAGGCUAACACAAACCUUGGGUUAAUUCAUAAUACUGUUAGUUACUCAGCACAAUACCCGCAUUAAUCCAGCUGACUGCACCUCACCACGUUGGGAAACACAUGCUGAAAUCAGCAGGGAGCACAGAAAACAAGCGUGGGAGUAGGAUAUUAAGUAUUUUGCCAGGCUGCUAGGUAGGAUCUGAGCACCUUAAAUGUAUUUAAAAUAUUUUCCCAUUGCUGUUGCCCCGCUCCGCAGCUGUGCAGCUGAAGCAAUGAUGAGGCUGUGCCCAGAAUCCCUGCAGGCCUGAGCGUGAGGGAUGGGGCUACAAGCUCUCCGAGGGAUACUCCACACACAUCCAUCAGGACUCAGCUCCCACCUGCAGCCACCUCCUUUUUUUGGGGUCUAUUCAAACUGAUCAAAGCAGAAAAAGCUGUUUUUUUUUCCUUUGAUACCUGCUGAUUUCAUUGCAGAGCUGGACUGUGCCUGUCUGCCAUGAGCCCCCACAAUGCUUUCUCUCUGGGGACAUAGCCUGGAGCUAUUAUUACUUCGUUUGCUUACUCUCAGAAACUUUCCUAUGCAAAGAAAUCCUAAGAAAAGAGCUUUAAAUCCCUGCUGUGUUCCUUUCAUCUGGCUCAGGAGCUCCCAGGUUUGUGCCUUUCCCUGCAGUGCCAGCAGCCAGCCAUCCCACAAACUGCUGCUCAGUCUCCUCCUUUUCCAAACUGCCCCAAAUAGCCCAUCUGUUCCCAAAGAUGGAGGUUUUUUCAGACAUGCCAGGCUUUUUAACAAACCAUUACCCUUUAGACAGCAUCAAAUACCUCCAGGUUUUCUGGCUGUCACAUUACCUCCCAUAAACUUGUAUAUUUACAUUGCACAACAUUUAAUAUAACAUGCUGAGGAAGACCAAAAAUGGGCAAAUAUUCCCAGGACCCCUGUGCGUGUCUUAAACCCCAAGUUUCUGCAUUGAAAUAUCAAGGAGUAAACUACUAUAAAGUUGAAUCUGUUGCACAAUAAAUUAUUAGUUUAUGUAUAUUUUAAUUGCAAAUCUCUGCAAUAAUUAGCACUGACACUUCUUGGGCUGAUGUGCUGAGUGUGCUUUGACAGUGAGCAUUAUUAACGGGCUGUAAAAGGCAAUGGGGAAUUGGAUUAUAAUGUUCUUGUUUUGCAAGCUGUAUGGUGAAUAAAUAAAUUUGUUCUGGCAGCAAAAUUAA